AUGGGUAAAGGUGUAUUAAAGUACGGUGGGAAGUCUGGUAUUCUUCCUAAAACCAAGGCCAUUUUCCAUCGACCAAUCCGUCCAUUGAACGAGAUCGAGUUGCAAAAAGAGAAAGCUCAGGAAAGUGGUUAUGCCGAGGGUGUACCAACUCCAAAGAUCAAUGGGAAACAUCUUCCACGUCAACAACCUCCAAGAAAGUACAUAACUGUUGAGGACAGAAUCAAGCAUAUCAAGUACCCACCAAUGUCAUUACGAGAAAUGAAUGAUUUGCCUGCAGAGGAAAGAGAUGCAUACAAAAGAGCCUAUUAUAGGGCGGAAUUCUUAAAAGAAGCAUACUUGGAGGAAGAGAAACGGUUGAAGAGGAUAGAUGAGCUUAAAGAGAGUGUUCAUGAGAAGGAGAUGGCCAAGCAGCGUCAAUUUGAAGAAGAGCGUAAAGCUGACUCCUCAGUGAUUGCAUCGUUGCCCACUAUGCAGAAAAUCUUGGAGCAAGGAUUGAUUAGAAAGAGAACACCGGAGGAACAAGAAUUGUUGAAAGAGCAAAGAAAGUUGAAUCGUCGCUCGAAGGAGCUACACGAAAAGGAAAUGAAGGCACAGAAAUUGCUUGAAUUGUAUCACUCGGCGGCAAAAUUCAUCACUACUGAAGAACAACUAGAAGAAGCUAUUUAUAGAGCUUUUGAAGUGGAUGCAGGUAAAUUUGAAAGUGCCCAAACGAGUAUUGAAACCAAGUUGCUUUCUAGAAGUGCUGGAUAUAUGGUUGGUGAAGUGAAUGAGUUGAAGAUCACUGAUGCAGUUUUGGGACAAAUCGAUGGAAAGCCUGGUUUGGAACAAGUCAAGGACGUUUUAAGUGGAACUAGAGAACAAACCAAAAGGCAAGCCCAAUUGAAUUUGAGUAAUGAGAUAUAUUGA